AUGUCAACUUCACUUCAUGAACAUAUAAAACUGGCACCAGAAGACAAUAAAACGAAAUUGAAGGAUCUAUCAGCAUCGACUUCAACCUUGGAUAACGGUUCAUCUGGAAAUAUGGAAAAUGAGCAAGGCAAAAAAAGACGAUCUGCAUCACCAGCAAUUUCGAAUAAAGACCUUAAGAAAAGCAAAUUUGAAAAAGAAGAUUCACUAGAUGUCUAUGGCGGUUCAUCAUCUGGACUUUCUAAUAGAUAUCCAACAGAAGAAAUAGAAGACGAGUCAUACGAAGAAAUAGCCAAACAAUAUAAGAAAUUUUCUAAUGCACCCAAGUUUAAUCUCAAUAGUGAAGAAUUAUUCUGUACCUGUCGAAAGCCAGAUUAUGGAGGAGAGUUAAUGAUUUCAUGCGAUGGUUGUGAUGAAUGGUUUCAUUUUAAGUGUAUGAAGUUGAAGGAAGAUCAUUCCAAGUUAAUAGCCAAAUUCUAUUGCAAGUUUUGUCGCUGGAAAGGAAUCAGCAGUACAAAAUGGAAAAGAAAAUGCCGUUUAGAUUGGUGCUGGGAACCUAUUAGAGCUGAUUCUAAAUCAAAAUAUUGUUGCGAUGAACAUGGGGUAACUUUUAUUAAAGAAAAUUUGUUAAGAAAAACUGGAAUUAAUGAUUUGAACCCAACAGAUAUUAAAUCUAUAUUUAAUUAUUGUAUCUCGUCAGGUAAUAGCUAUCAAAAUCUAGUUCAAUUAGGUUCAAAUUUCCCCGAAUUACCAGAAAUUUCUUCACUCAAAGAGGAGGGAUCUGACAUUUCCGAGUUGCCAGAAGAUCUUAAAAAUAGCUUGACUAAGAUAAGUUCAAAUCUCGAUAGAAUUAAUUCAAUUAUUAAUUUGUGCAAGCUGAAGAGUGAUUACUUACUCAAGAUUAAGGAAAAAAUUAAAAUUAUUAAUGAAAGGUUACAGACAUCUUAUCAAGAUGUAGAACAAGUUGAAAAAUCUGAAGAAUCGCUUAAAAGUAAAAGAUCGACGAAAGAAUCUAAAAGUAAGAAGCUUAAGAAAUUUGACCUUUGUUGCUACGACAGAUCUCUAAAUCAAGGAAUUCAAACGGAUAUACAGUCGAAAAAUGCCAUUGAAAAGUUCAUUAAUUCCACUGAUAUAUACAAUGAUUAUAAAGAACAAAUUGAUAGUCUAAUAAGUUUUUAUCGUGACAAUAUGGAUGAUAUCGAUUCAAAUUCAUGGUUUAAUAACUCUAUAUGUAUACAGGAUAAACGAAAGUGUCCAAGGCAUAAUGGUUGGUGGAAUUUACUAAAUGAUGAAGUUGUUAAAAGGUUCAAUGAAUUAUCUGUUACUGCAAAAAAAUUGGAGGAUGAGAAAUUAAUGAUUCUAAGAAAUUAUAGCAUUAAGAUAUAUGAACUGCGAACUUAA